GGUUUUGAAAUUAGGGUUAGGGUUUGUCUGGUGGUUGUGGAAGAAAGAAGCAAAAAGCGAAAAUGAUCUACGAUGUCAACUCUCCUCUCUUCAGGUCCUUCCUCAGUCAGAAGGGAGGCUCCUCCGACAAGAGGAAAACUGAAGAGCAGAAGCCAAAGGAGCAGAGGCCCAAAGCAAGCGAGAAUAAGCCUGUUAUGACGGAGUAACACUGAUGCUUGCAGCUUGGGAUCAUGAGAAGCUUUAGCAAGGAGGGAUGAGUUGGUAAAUGCUCUGUUACGAUGUUGUCGAGAUGAAAGGAAACAUGGAUUAUUAUUUUGUUUUUUUAAAGUUUGCUGUGCUAGUGGUUUUUGUUUGAAUAUGGAUACUCUUAUGAGUUUAGAAUUAAACUGAGUCCGCAAUCAAUGAACUUGUUUCCAUUUCCAAAAGGAUUCAAAAGAUAAUAUUUCGAUAGUAAAGAUGAGGCAGAUUUUGGGG